AAAUGUCGAAAAGAUUCAGUUCAGAAAUUCAAGCGAAAACAGGCUUGUGUAGUUCUUGGAAACAACUGGGAACUGAUAUGUCUGAAGCAGGACCGGCGUCGAAACAGCGAGGCAUUACAUGUAAUAGAAAAAUGAGAGGGAGGGUUAUACAAAACACCCACAUCAUGGCAGUCAGAAGAGACUCAACCCACAGCACAGAAGAAGGAAAGAACAUGCCAGAAGACAUUGAAGAAGCUCAUGUUCUUCACAUUUCUCCACAUGAGCAGACCCUGGACACUUAAUAUACACAGCAAAGACACACAGAGGAAACUUAAAAAAUGGUUUCCCCAAUGGGAAUAGGAGGGACCUCCACACAAGGCUAUGAGUCCAUCAGAGCUUCCUCCGUCAUUAAAAAUUGGUAAUAAGACACCUGCCGCCACCACGACCGCCACCUGCUUUCUCCAGAUGUCCCAAGAUGGGUAGUGUCAGCAGUCUGAUAUCAGGCCAUAGCCUUCACAGCAAACACUGCAAAGCCUCUGAACACAAACUCAGAAAAGGGCUUCAUUCUAAGAAAGCGGGCCGUAGCUUGGAUGGCAUUCUGAAGUAUGGCUUCUCUCAGGACCAUUGCAGCACCAACAACAACUCAAAAGCCAACUAUCAUUCAGGCAAAAACGACGACUUCUUUUACAUCAAGGUCAGCAACAAACCUCGAGCUGGUGUCCGUAACAUAAACCCAGCUGAGGAGAGUCAAGAAACAUCAGCUGAGGUGGACAGGAACGGAGGGCCACCAGAAUUAGUGCCAGUGUCUGGGAAACUAGAAAAGAGCAUCGAGAAGGAUUUGAUCCGUCCCACUGCCUUCAUACCGGUCCUUCCUCGCAACAGCAGUUCCUCUGUGGAAACCCAUAACAGCCUAAGUACUAUCCUGGGCAGGAGAAUUAGUCCCACAGACAGACUCAAAAAUCUACAAGACCCAAAGCAGGAGACAAAUUUUGGAACUUACUCUGACUCUGGAAGGAACUCAAUGUCGAGUCUUCCCACCCACAGCACCAGUGGCAGCAGUCAGAUGGACAACCUUAGCACUUCAACGGGCCACACGGUGCGCCAUGGAGGCCCGGUCAAUGAGGUGGAUACUGUUCAAAACUCACAGAGUUGUGUAGCAGGUGUAAAUGGAAACUCCAGUUGGAUGUGUAGUGGGACUAAUAUGAUCAGUGGAAACUGUUGGCUCAAUGGGAACAGUGACACAAACAAAAGUACUGAAUCCAAUAAGGCUAAUACGAGAUCCAUUGGAGUCCUAAGUGAAAACGCUGUGGCUGGAAUGGGUCUGAACAGGGAAAUAACUGCUGCGGGGUUGACACUCUCAUCCAUCGAACCAAGGCUCAAUUUCUCUGGAAGCCAAGAGGGACUUAUGGAACACAGAUUUACGGUUCCGGAACCGACGUCUUCGGGCGGAUGCAUCCGAUCUCCAAUUUCCACUGAUGAAUCACUGAUACAGCAGCUGGAGCAGAAACUUCUGGAUCGUGAAAGCGAGCUGGCGGACUUACAGACAAGCCUUGAAGAGAAAGAGUCAGACACAUGUCAGCUGUUUGAGGAGAAGCAACGCUACUGCGCCGAGGAGAUGGAGGGGCUGAAGCAACGCUGUUCCAUGAAGCUCCGUCAAGUGUCACAAAGGGCUUUGAAAUCCCAGCAGUUAUUGCAGCUGCAGGUGAUCCAGCUACAGCAGGAUAAGGAACGUCUACAGGAAGAGGUGGACCAUCUUAACCAUGACAGAGUCACGGCGGAAAGCCGUCUCCGUACAUAUGAGACCCAGAAAAAACAUCUAGCACCCACGCUAGAAGAGACACAGUGGGAGGUGUGCCAGAAGUCAGGUGAGAUUUCAUUGCUAAAGCAGCAGCUCAGAGACUCCCAGGCUGAAGUCGGCAACAAACUGAAUGAGAUCGUCAGCCUUAAAGCUUCUCUCAGGGACUUCAAAAACAAAAUGGAAGAACUGGAGCAGAAAAACAAGGACCACGAGGAAGCUCUUCGCCAACGAUGUGCUGAGAUUGAGGUAUGCAGAAACGAGUUUCAAAGAAAGAAGAAUGAAGCUGACCUUCUCCGUGAAAAGGUGAACAACCUGGAAACAGACAUCAAGGGAAUGAAGCAGGACCUUACUGUGGCCAAAGAGGAGCAACAGCAGCUAAUGACCAUGAGAGCCAAAGUGGAGGAGCAACAGCUGCAACUGAGGUUAAGCCAAGCCAGGAUGGAGGCCUUUGCCCUUGGUCAAGGCAAAAUUAGGGCCCAGGAGGGAACGGGAGCUGGUAAAAUGCUGAAUCAGAACGGUGGGACAUCAGACAUUGAUACUCUACAAAAGGAGGUGGAACGGCUCAGGGGGGAAUUGAAAGAGGAAAAACAAAAGAAACAUAAGAUGAUGAAUAGCUUUCAGCAGGAGAGACAAACAUGGAAUAAAGAAAAAGAUAAAGUAAUCAGAUACCAAAAGCAGCUGCAGUACAAUUAUCUGCAGAUGUACAGAAAAAACAAAGACCUGGAGAAGAUCUUGAAGGAGCUGACGGCUGAAAUGGACAACAGGACAGAAAUGGACAUGGACAGCCCUGACCUGAACUUUGAGAAGAUUGUAGCAACGGCAAUAUGAGGUCAUUGUUUAGCAUCCUUUAUCACCUUUAUGGUCCAACAAACGUAAAUGUACUAGAACAAUGGCAAAAUGGGUCAUGGCAAAGCAGAAUUUAUGUACUUUGGAUCUUCAAAGCAAGAGUGCAGAUUUUGACAAAAUGGAAGAAGGGAAGGAUCAUCAAGAGUCAAAUAUCACUUGUACAAACCACUGAAACCUUUUCUUCUUUAAUAACUCACAUCAUUGAAAAUCUGAUGUUACUCAUGUGUGCUUCUAAGCAGGUUCCUGUUAAUCUGUGCAGACCCAACCAAAGGCUUUACCUCCCUUACACAUCCAAACUAUUUGCAUUUCCUGCCUAAACCUUAAGCAAUUAUACAGUCUCACUAUAGAGGGCAACAAAGAGUUGUGAAUGUUUUAUAUGCUGUAAUUGCUAUUUUUGCACUCAUUCUCUUUUAUAAUAUGAACGCUUGUCACCAAUGUCUUGGCAGACAGGCUUAUACAAAAUGUGUGUAGGGGGAUAUAUACAGUAGCUCAUGAUGUAAAGAAAAAGCACUGUUCACAAACCAAUCCACAUGCAUUCACACUGCAUACGCCACUAUGCACAGUCUAGUCAUUAAAUAUUCAUACAUAUUAAUUUCAUACAUCCUUAUAUAAGAAUGAGGACUUCAGCAAAUAAGUUACCAGUGGCUGGUUGCAUAAACUUCUAGGUCUUAACGUUUAGUCAUGUAUUUUUUUAUUCAAGACUGAUCAUAACUGUUACCUAAAAAGGUAGACUGGUCUAAUUUAAAUCCAAAAAGUAAGAUAGCCCUUACUAAUUGCCAGUAAGUCAGACUCUUUCUUAAAAAGCAGUCUUAACCUUACGGCUUUGUUUAUGCAACUGGCCACGUACUACAUUAUCUAAGCAACUAUACUAUCUUCAGCAACCUGUUAAAGUUUAAAAGUGGUUAAGACAGUAAAAUAACAGACCUCCGGUCAUUUGUGAUAGUUUUGUCAAAGCAUUGUUAGAAGAAUUAUAUGGAUUACAGUUUCAUGGUAACAUCCAAUUAAGUUAAUAUGAAUGAAGCUAGUUUAGUAUGCAAAACAAUUAAAAGCCAUCACUUAUCUACAAAUUCUAUACGAACAACAAUUUAGAUUAAUUGUAAAA